AGGAGGUGGUUCCCAGCGGGCCAGCAGCACCAUUGCUGUCGCCUGCCUGGUAUUCCUGCUGAUUCUGCUCGGACUUCAGGGGCCUCUCCCUGCCUGGGGAGCGAAUUUCUCAUAACUCUAAGGAGAACUGGAAGCACAAUGGGAGAUGAUAGUGAGUGGCUGAAGCUACCAGUUGAUCAGAAAUGUGAACACAAGCUGUGGAAAGCAAGGUUAAAUGGAUAUGAAGAGGCCCUGAAGAUCUUCCAGAAAAUAAGAGAUGAAAAGAGCCCAGAAUGGUCCAAAUUUUUAGGAUUGAUAAAAAAAUUUGUGACUGAUUCCAAUGCAGUGGUUCAGUUGAAAGGAUUAGAAGCUGCACUUGUUUAUGUUGAAAAUGCUCAUGUAGCAGGAAAAACCACAGGAGAAGUUGUAUCAGGUGUUGUAAGUAAAGUUUUCAACCAGCCCAAAGCCAGAGCCAAGGAGCUAGGCAUCGAGAUUUGUCUCAUGUACAUAGAGAUUGAGAAAGGAGAGGCUGUGCAAGAAGAGCUCCUGAAAGGCCUGGACAAUAAGAACCCCAAGAUUAUCGUGGCCUGCACAGAGACACUGAGGAAAGCCUUAAGUGAAUUUGGUUCCAAAAUCAUCUUGCUUAAGCCAAUUAUCAAAGUGUUGCCAAAACUUUUUGAGUCUCGAGACAAGGCAGUUCGAGAUGAAGCCAAACUAAUUGCUGUGGAGAUUUACAGAUGGAUUCGGGAUGCUCUGAGACCCCCAUUACAGAAUAUAAACUCCCUCCAGUUGAAAGAACUAGAAGAAGAAUGGGUCAAACUGCCAACAGGUGCUCCUAAACCAACUCGCUUUCUGCGUUCCCAGCAAGAACUAGAAGCAAAAUUGGAACAACAGCAGUCUGCUGGUGGAGAUGCUGAGGGAGGUGGUGAUGAUGGUGAUGAGGUGCCACAGAUAGAUGCUUAUGAGCUUUUGGAAGCAGUAGAAAUUCUUUCCAAACUUCCCAAAGACUUUUAUGACAAAAUUGAGGCAAAAAAAUGGCAAGAGAGAAAAGAAGCCCUGGAGGCUGUAGAAGUACUGGUGAAAAACCCCAAAUUGGAAGCAGGCGAUUACGCGGAUUUAGUAAAAGCAUUAAAGAAGGUAGUUGGAAAGGACACCAAUGUCAUGUUGGUGGCUCUGGCAGCAAAAUGUCUUACUGGCCUGGCUGUUGGGCUAAGGAAGAAAUUUGGACAAUAUGCAGGACACGUUGUGCCAACCAUUUUGGAAAAAUUUAAAGAGAAGAAGCCUCAAGUAGUGCAAGCCCUGCAGGAGGCAAUCGAUGCGAUCUUCCUUACUACCACUCUACAGAACAUCAGUGAGGAUGUUUUAGCAGUAAUGGAUAAUAAAAAUCCAACCAUCAAGCAGCAGACAUCGCUUUUUAUUGCAAGAAGCUUCCGCCACUGCACUGCUGCUACCCUGCCUAAGAGCUUGCUGAAGCCCUUUUGUGCAGCUCUACUAAAGCACAUCAGUGAUUCUGCUUCUGAAGUCAGAGAUGCUGCAUUUGAAGCAUUGGGUACAGCUUUGAAGGUGGUUGGUGAAAAAGCAGUAAACCCAUUCUUAGUUGAUGUAGACAAACUUAAGCUUGAUAAGAUCAAAGAAUGUUCAGAAAAGGUGGAGCUGGCGCAUGGUAAGAAAGCUGGACUGGCAGCUGAAAAGAAGGAAUUCAAGCCUGUUCCUGGAAGGACUGCUUCUUCAGGGGCAGCGGGAGAUAAGGACACGAAGGACGUUUCAGUACCCAAACCAGGACCCUUAAAAAAGGCCUCUACUACUAAGGCUGGUGGACCACCUAAGAAGGGGAAACCAAGUGCACCAGGAGGUGCAGGGAGCGCUGGAACCAAGAACAAGAAGGGAUUGGAGAUCAAGGAAAUAGUGGAGCCAGAGCUCUCGAUUGAAGUAUGUGAAGAAAAAGCUUCAGCUGUCCUUCCUGCUACAUGUAUACAACUUCUAGACAGCAGUAACUGGAAGGAAAGACUUGCCUGUAUGGAAGAGUUCCAGAAGGCUGUUGAACUAAUGGACCGAACUGAAAUGCCAUGCCAGGCAUUAGUGAGGAUGCUGGCCAGGAAACCUGGGUGGAAAGAAACUAAUUUUCAGGUGAUGCAGAUGAAGCUUCAUAUAGUUGCUUUAAUUGCCCAGAAGGGAAAUUUUUCCAAAACCUCAGCUCAGAUUGUCUUGGAUGGCCUUGUAGACAAGAUUGGAGAUGUGAAAUGUGGGAACAAUGCAAAAGAAGCUAUGACAGCAAUAGCUGAGGCGUGUAUGUUGCCAUGGACAGCUGAACAGGUUAUGUCAAUGGCUUUCUCCCAGAAGAAUCCCAAGAAUCAAUCAGAAACUCUGAAUUGGCUGUCCAAUGCAAUAAAAGAAUUUGGUUUUUCUGGAUUGAAUGUGAAAGCUUUCAUUAGCAAUGUGAAGACAGCUCUUGCUGCAACAAACCCAGCUGUGAGGACUUCUGCUAUCACCCUGCUUGGUGUAAUGUACCUGUAUGUUGGUCCCUCUUUGCGAAUGUUCUUUGAAGAUGAAAAGCCUGCCCUCCUGUCCCAGAUAGAUGCAGAAUUUGAGAAGAUGCAGGGACAGAACCCACCUGCUCCAACCAGAGGGAUUUCCAAACACAGCACAAGUGGUACGGAGGAAGGAGAAGAUGGAGAUGAACCAGACGAUGGGGGCAAUGAUGUUGUGGAUCUUUUGCCAAGGACAGAAAUAAGUGACAAAAUCACCUCAGAGUUGAUAUCUAAGAUUGGUGACAAAAAUUGGAAGAUCAGGAAAGAAGGCCUAGAUGAAGUGGCUGGUAUUAUCAAUGAAGCAAAAUUUAUCCAACCAAACAUAGGUGAACUUCCAACUGCCUUAAAGGGUCGACUCAAUGAUUCAAAUAAAAUCUUGGUGCAGCAGACGCUGACUAUCCUCCAGCAACUGGCAGUAGCCAUGGGCCCCAACAUCAAGCAGCAUGUGAAGAACUUAGGCAUCCCUGUCAUCACAGUCCUUGGAGACAGCAAGAACAAUGUUCGAGCUGCUGCCCUAGCGACUGUGAACGCCUGGGCCGAACAGACUGGCAUGAAGGAAUGGCUGGAGGGAGAAGAUCUUUCUGAAGAGCUCAAAAAGGAAAAUCCUUUCCUGCGGCAAGAGCUUCUGGGCUGGCUGGCUGAGAAACUACCGACUCUUCGUUCCACCCCCACAGACCUUAUCCUGUGUGUUCCUCAUCUCUACUCCUGCCUGGAGGAUCGCAAUGGAGAUGUGCGAAAGAAGGCCCAAGAUGCCUUACCAUUCUUCAUGAUGCAUUUAGGAUAUGAGAAAAUGGCCAAGGCUACAGGGAAACUAAAGCCAACUUCUAAAGACCAGGUAUUGGCCAUGCUAGAGAAAGCCAAAGUUAACAUGCCUGCAAAACCUGCUGCACCUGCUAAAGCAACCUCCAAACCAAUGGGAGGGUCAGCUCCAGCCAAAUUUCAGCCUGCCUCAGUGCCUGUUGAAGAUUCUGUCUCCAGCACUGUAGAACCCAAGCCUGAUCCGAAAAAGGCCAAAGCUCUAGGAGUUUCCUCUAAAGCCAAGAGUGCACAAGGGAAGAAAGUGCCGAGCAAAACCAGCUUAAAGGAGGAUGAAGACAAAUCCGGUCCUAUUUUUAUUGUUGUUCCAAAUGGAAAGGAGCAAAGAAUGAAAGACGAAAAGGGAUUAAAGGUGCUGAAGUGGAAUUUCACUACUCCAAGGGAUGAAUACAUUGAGCAACUGAAGACUCAGAUGUCUAGCUGUGUGGCUAAGUGGUUACAAGAUGAGAUGUUUCACUCAGACUUUCAGCAUCAUAACAAAGCCCUUGCUGUUAUGGUUGAUCACUUGGAGAGUGAAAAAGAGGGUGUCAUUGGUUGCCUGGAUCUUAUCUUGAAGUGGCUUACCCUGCGGUUUUUUGAUACCAACACAAGUGUCCUAAUGAAAGCCCUAGAAUAUUUAAAAUUGCUCUUCACCCUGCUAAGUGAGGAAGAGUAUCAUCUUACUGAGAAUGAAGCAUCUUCCUUCAUCCCCUAUCUCAUCCUAAAGGUUGGAGAACCAAAGGAUGUCAUUCGUAAAGAUGUCCGUGCCAUCCUGAACCGGAUGUGCCUUGUCUACCCAGCCAGCAAGAUGUUCCCCUUCAUCAUGGAAGGAACCAAAUCCAAAAAUUCAAAACAGAGAGCAGAGUGCCUAGAAGAACUGGGGUGUCUGGUCGAGUCCUAUGGCAUGAACGUUUGCCAACCAACUGCAGGAAAAGCCUUAAAGGAGAUAGCGAUUCACAUAGGAGACCGAGACAACGCUGUGCGCAACGCUGCCCUCAACACCAUCGUCACGGUGUACAAUGUGCAUGGGGAUCAGGUGUUCAAACUCAUUGGAACUCUUUCUGAAAAGGAUAUGAGCAUGCUUGAGGAAAGGAUUAAGCGGUCAGCAAAGAGGCCAUCUGCAGCACCAAUGAAACAGGUAGAAGAGAAACCUCAGCGCACACAGAGCAUAAGCUCCAAUGCCAACAUGCUGCGCAAGGGACCGGCUGAGGACAUGUCCUCUAAACUCAACCAAGCUCGGAGCAUGAGCGGGCAUCCCGAGGCGGCCCAGAUGGUGCGCCGAGAAUUUCAGCUAGAUCUCGAUGAGAUCGAGAACGACAACGGUACAGUCCGCUGUGAAAUGCCAGAACUUGUGCAGCACAAACUGGAUGACAUUUUUGAGCCGGUCCUUAUUCCUGAACCCAAGAUCCGGGCUGUUUCUCCACACUUUGAUGACAUGCACAGUAAUACAGCAUCCACAAUCAAUUUCAUUAUCUCCCAAGUAGCCAGUGGUGACAUCAGCACAAGCAUCCAAGCUCUGACCCAGAUUGAUGAGGUCCUGAGACAGGAAGACAAAGCUGAAGCUAUGUCUGGCCAUAUUGACCAGUUUCUGAUAGCCACGUUCAUGCAGCUAAGACUCAUCUACAACACACAUAUGGCGGAUGAGAAGUUGGAGAAGGACGAAAUCAUCAAGUUGUACAGCUGUAUCAUCGGCAACAUGAUUUCGCUGUUUCAGAUAGAGAGCCUGGCCCGGGAGGCCUCGACCGGAGUCCUGAAAGACCUGAUGCACGGCCUCAUCACCCUCAUGCUGGACUCUCGCAUCGAAGACCUGGAGGAAGGACAACAGGUGAUCCGCUCUGUGAACCUCUUGGUGGUGAAGGUUCUGGAGAAGUCAGACCAGACCAACAUCCUGAGUGCCCUACUGGUUUUGCUUCAAGACAGCCUGCUAGCAACAGCCAGCUCUCCCAAAUUCUCAGAGCUUGUUAUGAAGUGUCUCUGGAGAAUGGUUCGACUGUUGCCUGACACCAUCAACAGCAUUAAUCUGGACAGAAUUCUUCUGGAUAUACACAUUUUCAUGAAGGUCUUCCCCAAAGAGAAACUAAAGCAGUGCAAAAGUGAGUUUCCCAUCAGGACCCUGAAGACGUUGCUGCACACGUUAUGCAAAUUGAAAGGGCCCAAGGUGAGUGAGCAGAGCCACGGGAGUUUGGGAGAGCACCAUGGGAACGGCGCUGCUGCCAUUAGACUGUGCCCGUGUCUCCCGCAGAUCUUGGACCAUUUAACCAUGAUUGACAACAAGAGCGAGUCUGAGCUGGAGGCCCACCUCUGCCGGAUGAUGAAGCACAGCAUGGACCAGGCUGGGAGCAAGUCGGAUAAGGAAACAGAAAAGGGAGCAUCUCGGAUCGAUGAAAAAUCAUCAAAGGCCAAAGUGAAUGAUUUCUUAGCUGAGAUUUUUAAGAAGAUUGGCUCCAAAGAGAAUACUAAAGAGGGCCUUGCAGAGUUAUAUGAAUAUAAGAAGAAAUAUUCAGAUGCUGACAUUGAACCAUUUCUGAAAAACUCCUCGCAGUUCUUCCAGAGCUAUGUUGAAAGAGGCCUUCGGGUGAUCGAAAUGGAGAGGGAGGGCAAAGGCCGUAUUCCCACUUCAACAGGCAUCUCCCCUCAGAUGGAGGUCACGUGUGCACCUGCCCCCACAAGCGCAGUGUCCUCCAUAGGCAACACGAACGGAGAGGAGGUGGGACCAUCUGUCUACCUGGAAAGGCUAAAAAUCCUCCGACAGCGAUGUGGUCUGGACAACACCAAGCAGGAUGACCGGCCUCCGCUGACCUCUCUGCUCUCCAAACCAGCUAUCCCUGCCGUCGCCUCCUCCACAGACAUGCUGCACAGCAAACUCUCCCAGCUCCGGGAGUCCCGGGAGCAGCACCAGCACUCGGACCUGGAUCCUCACCAGACUCACCCUUCGGGGACCACGACCACGGCCUCCUCGUCCACAGCUAACAUCGAUGACUUGAAAAAGAGACUGGAGAGAAUAAAGAGCAGUCGCAAAUGAAGCCGCCCCCUCCCGGCCCCCGCAGCUUUAGUUUACUAAACUAGAGUCCUCAUAGUUUACAGGGGCCUUGGUGGGCCUGGCGCACAUGAACUGGUCAUUCGCAUCCACCACGGAUCUGGGGAGGAGUCACGGCACAAGGGUUUGUACAUACUCUGCUGCUCCAUCAGCGCCUGCCCCUCUAGGAGACUGUCUGCGUGUUAGCUUAGUGUACAGACUUGUAAACAGCUGCCCUCCGCUCGGCUCAGACUAGUUUCCGUGCCCUUUUCUUUUUACUUGCUCAUUUGUAAAGUUGUCUUAAUCUUUCCUACCUUUUAACUAUUAGAACCCCUUUAAUAGUCUUCCUUUGAGUUUGUGAGCUCUUCUCCUUGUAGCCCUGAAGGGUCACUGUAUUCUGUAUGAAUGCAUGGCAUGAUACAACUAAUUUAAGAGUCUUUUAUAAAUAAAGUUUGCAUUAACUAUA